AGGAGGAGAAGAAGAGAAGAAAAGCAGCCUCCGUCGCUCGCUCCAGCCCAGUGUCCCUCCCUCCGGCCCGAUCUGGCGCCGCCCAAACCCUAGCCCCCCCGGCCCCAGCUCCCGCGGGAGGGAAGGAGGAGGAGGAGGAAUGGCGAGGCGAGGCAAAGGGGGCGGCGGCGGGGCUGGCGUCGGGGACGCGGCGUGGCGCAGGGGGUCGGCGCGGCCGCGGCUCCUGCUCGUCUCCGCCGUGGCCUGGGCGCUGCUCCUCCUCGCCUUCCACCUCUGGUCCUGCGCCUCCCCCUCCGCCUACUUCCUCUCAGCGCUCUGUAGAAAAGACGGUGAAGUUGUCCGCGCGUUGGACCCAAUGGGAACCCCGUCCAAACCGCUCCACCGCUGCUCGAUACCUGUCGCGGAUGAUCCAGACGCUGUCGUCAUUCCAAAGAGAACUCCCAAUGCGAUCGUGAAGAAUCUGUCCUACAUCACGGUUGACAAGCGGGACAAAGAUUCUCCGCCGCUGUUUGGAGGACGUCAAACCUGGAAGCAGAGGGAGGAAAGCUUCAAACUGAAUGCUACCAUGAAGGUGCAUUGUGGAUUUAUGAAAAACAGCGGUGCAGAUAUGGAUGCUGUUGAUGUCGAGUACAUACAGAAAUGCAAAUUUGUGGUUGCCUCGGGUAUUUUUGAUGGUUAUGACGCUCCUCAUCAGCCAUCAAAUAUUAGCCUUCGCUCUCAAAAGUUGUUCUGCUUCUUGAUGGUGGUCGAUGAGGUAUCCUUUGACUUCAUUGAACAGAAUGUCACUGUCAAAGUUGACAGUGCAGGAGGGAAAUGGGUUGGUAUAUGGCGACUUGUAACACUGCACCGCCCUCCAUUUGAUGAACCUAGAAGGAAUGGAAAAGUACCAAAGAUAUUGACGCAUAGGCUAUUUCCUCAAGCCUGGUAUAGCAUUUGGAUUGAUGGGAAAAUGGAGCUUAUGGUUGAUCCACUGCUUAUUCUUGAAAGAUAUCUCUGGCGGGGAAAAUACACAUUUGCAGUAGCUGUCCACAAACAUCAUAGAAGCAUAUAUGAGGAGGGUGAUGCAAUCAAACGGAGGAAGCGAUAUGCAAGGCCUUUGGUUGAUCUUCAGAUGAAGAUAUACUACCACGAGGGAAUGGAGCCUUGGGACGAAACGAAAAGGAUGCCUAGUGACAUACCAGAAGGAGCGGUGCUGAUCAGGGAGCACACGACGAUAACGGAUCUGUUCAGCUGCCUCUGGUUCAACGAAGUCAACCUCUUCACGCCUCGUGACCAGCUCAGCUUCGGCUACGUGGCCCAUCGGCUCGGAGACGCUCUCAAGUUCUUCAUGUUCCCCAACUGCGAGUACAAUUCCUUGUUCAUCCUGCACAGACACACGAGGGAGCACUCGUCGAAGGUGGAGUGGGCCAAGACGAUCGACGAGAUUUUGAAGAAGGGACUGAAGGAGAGCAGGGGAGGGUUAGGGCUGUGGACUCCGUACCCCGCAGACCUCAGCUCCGUGGAGCUCCCCGCUGUAAAAAGAACUUCGCAGGCAAGCUAGACUGGAUCCGAAACGUUCGAUUAUGAUUUCUUUGGUUGUGCAAAGUAGAACACCCCUUUUCUUGGUGUGUUGUAGUCGGGGGAAAAUUUCUGCAAUUUCCAGUGGAUUCUGCUGCAGAUGACAUAGACUAUAGGUCCAAAUCUUUACGACGAACUUGUAACUACGUUACAUGUAAAAAAGUUGAGGAUGGAAUGUGUCAUGUUUUUUGCAUUUCCAAGUGGUAA